AUGUCCAUGAGCGCGAACACCAUGAUCUUCAUGAUUCUGGGGGCGUCGAUCGUGAUGGCCAUCGCGUGCUUGAUGGACAUGAACGCGCUGCUGGACCGAUUCCACAACUACAUCCUCCCGCACCUGCGGGGCGAGGACCGCGUCUGCCACUGCAACUGUGGCCGGCACCACAUCCACUACGUGAUCCCAUACGACGGGGACCAGUCGGUGGUGGACGCCUCCGAGAACUACUUUGUGACGGACAAUGUGACCAAGCAGGAGAUCGACCUCAUGCUGGGCCUGCUGCUGGGCUUCUGCAUCAGCUGGUUCCUGGUGUGGGUGGACGGCGUCCUGCACUGCGCCGUGCGCGCCUGGAGGGCCGGCCGGCGCCACGAUGGCUCCUGGACCUGGCUGCCCAAGCUGUGCAGCCUGAGGGAGCUGGGCCGGCGGCCGCACAGGCCCUUCGAGGAGGCCGCAGGGAACAUGGUGCACGUGAAGCAGAAACUCUACCACAAUGGCCACCCCAGCCCACGGCACCUGUGAGCCGUGCACAGGACUCCCUGGGGCCGCCGUGCUGCCGGCCGCUGUACAGGUGUAAAAGGGACCUCGCAGACGCCCAGGCCGGUGGAACUGGAUGGUGGCCUUGGGCCCAGUGUGUCUGGGGCUGCAGCCGGCCGGGCGAGUCCAGUG